AUGGCGUCAAGCAACUGGAAGGUCUUCCCUGACCUUUCUCAGAAAGAAGUCGAACACGUUCCAUUCGGUAAGAGCCGGAAGUUUUUUGCUGUCGAUGAUUCAGGAUCAACAUCUGGAGUGCGCAUCAAGAAGGAACGCGAGUUCGUUGAACAUAUACGGAAUCAUCAAUUUUUCAAUAACAAAGACGCCAUAUCCCUGUGGGGAUCCCAGUGCGACAAACCGACUACGAACUUUGGAAAAAUUGAGUGGAGAGGUCGCCACGGAGGUACCAGCCCGGCCCAAGUUCUGAAGCAUUCGGAAGCUUUGACAAAGAUCCAGAAGUCGGAAGUUUGGUUUCUCGUUACUGAUGGACAGAUCCUCGAUAGCGGUGUCCACGAGCUUGCGAAUCUGGCGCAACAGUACAACAUUCUCAACGUGCCGAUCGUCUUCCUCAUCGUCGGGAAUUGUGGACUUACACCUGAGAUGACCAAUAUAUCAGUUGGCAUUUCCUUUUUCGCUGGAGCGCAAGAUACUCUGAUAUUGUUCAAAGAUUGCCAGACGGGAAACAUCUAUGUCAUAGCAACGAAAGGAUGUUUUGCCUCCUUGGGCGAGGCGACAGGCGUGCAGGACCUGGCUAGCUGGACCAGUCUACCCAAAUUUACGAGCGAGGUUGAGCUCAUGAAACAUUUUCAGUCCCUCGAAAUCAAAAUUCCAAAAGCUGAGUCCCGAAGUGGCCUCCCGAGGGGCAUAAACCUCGGCCCGGACUGGGAAGAGGCCAAUAAAGGCCCAGCAUGGGUUGAUCUGGACCUUCUUGUCCAAGCCGGUCGCCUCCCAGACAAGGACGUAUUUGAGCUGCUGUCAGAAGAAGCGUUCAAUAAUCUCGCUGUUGCCUACAAGAUUAGAGGACGUAUUCAAGAGAUACGGGCAUUUAUUCAGGCGCAGAAGAUUGAGCAGCUAGCACCUAAAUUAGAGGAUGUUGCAGGCGCAGCAUCCAUCAUCGCGAAACUAGGGCUACCGGAAAUGACUAGCGAGGAACGGAAGCUUGUGCAAGAGCAGCUUCGAGAGGCCCAUGCGAAGAAUCGUGAACACUACCAGAACGCCAUCAACAACUUCGCUGGUUCCUUGGAGGCUCAAGCUAUUCGAAAUCGUAAUCAGCUAGUCGAUGCUGCUUUGCGAACCCUCACAUCCAUCGAAGCCGCGAGCUUCAAUGCUGAGAUCCUUUCGCGUCGGAGCAAUCGAGCUCGACGUGCUGAGGUGGUCACAACGGACAGCAGUGUUGCCAUCGCACAUUUGGAUCUGGAAGGACCGGCUUACAGGGGGUAUUGUCUAGUAUGUUGUGGAGAGGACGAAGUCAUGUCCAUUUGUCUGAAAGCGUUCGACGCAGAGCAUAUUGAUGACAAUACGACCGACUUUGCGCUCAAUUUCCCUCUUGCUGCUGGAAGCUCUACCAAGAACGUCAACAUGAUCUCAAGUCAGAAUGUGUGCUUUCAGUGCGCACUUCUUGCGCCGUCGGGAAUGUCGAUCUUCAAGGAACAGCUCAAGGCAAUCAUCCCAGCUGUGCACUAUGGCGGGCACAACAAGAAGUACAUCAAUGAACAGCUCUAUUUUGCUCUCACCUCGGGCCUGGUGACCGGCGCUGCAGGCGUUGCCCAGCUUUUUAUGGCUAUCCUCAACGAGGUCCUUCAGACGAAGUCUUGGGCAGGCGCUGGUCUGAACGAAUCUGCAAUGUCCGCAGACGAACAGACUGAAGCGAUCCAGAGGAAGCGCACCUUUGACUGGAUGCUUGGCCAGCUUGUGCGACAUACGAGAACGCGCGAAACCUUCAAUGAGCUUGGGGAUUGGGUCAAAUUUCCGCAGGCCUUGGAUUGGGUUGCAAAAGACUUCCAAUCGAAUGGCUUGGCAAGUUUUGCUGUCACAUAUCCUUCUGCUGGAUUUUCAAAGCUCCUCUCAUUUGGAAUGAGAACCUCCGCUUUCACGUCGGAUAUCGUGCGCCGCAUGAGAAUUGCGAAAGCCGUCUACUCAAUCGCUGCAAAGUAUCUCGCGGAUAUGCAAAAUGCUAUCCAGAAUAGAGAUCAUUCUCAGCAAUGGAAACAGAAGUAUCUGGAGGUGAUCUACCAAAAGUUCAAUGCCACCAUGAUUCCCAAAGAUCUUGGGCUGGAUUCGGCCGUCUGCGAUGUGAAGACUUUCGGAGAUCGCCUCGCUGCAUGCCUCGGCGGAUAUAGGCGACAAUGGCGGAAUUUGGCAGACGACAAGGAUGGAUCUACUAUUAUGCAGAAAAUGCAACUUAUUCUGUUCUGGCUUGUAUACCAGCAAAAGGCACACUGCACAGCCCAGACAUUCUUCUACAACAUCAGCCAACGAGAGCAUCUUGCAACCGCUGUUCUAGACGCAUCGCUUGCUGUACCGGAGAAUGAACUUCGCAGCAUCCUACUAUCUAUUUUCGCCAAGGAGGCUUCAGAGGCCAUUGAUGAUUCUGCAGCAGCUCUACAUCGGACCGUAGUGCCCUUCAGCAAUCCUUUUGGUGCCUCUGUCGUACGUUGUGGAGUUGAAGCGUGCCGCGCAACCUUCUGCGAUCGGGACAUGCAAACCUUCAGCCCGCGCGAUAUUGACAGAGUACGCCAGGCCCGCGCUAAGCAUCUAAUCAACGUCUUUGGCCUCCGUGGUCGCUUUGAAAACUCCGAGACCGGUCUUCCAGAGCCCACGGCCACUGGCAAGCCUCCGGCAUCCACUCAUCUCAAUCUUCACAUCAGCGUCGCACGGUGUUGGGCUGAACGAGACAAGAAGGAUCGACGAGCAGUCGUCGACGACAUUAACGAGCGCGAAGUCUUCGUUGCAGCUGUCCGAAGUAAAAUUUGCGAACAAGGACGAGGCGACGUGUUCAGCAGCCAAAUUGACCAGGACGUGCGGGAUGUGCUUCCAAGCUUCUUCAGCGUGCUUGCACUGGCGCUUAGAUUGGAUGGACAGCCGGAUGAAGACAUCACGAUUUACGAACACAAUUUUACGAAGAACAAGAUGGAAGAGAAGGUUAGGUGGGAGCUGAGAAGGCCGCACUCACUAGCAUGA